ACCCCAGGGCCGGGCGAAGGCUGCCACCAACAUCUUUGGUGUCAGCUUGGUGGUUGAAAUUUUAUAAUUUUUCAACCAUAUUUUUUUCACCUUUUUAGCUUUUGUGAUGGAUUUAUUGCACCUACUCUUACCAACCAUACUACUCCAUCUAUAAAUAGAGCAAGUUCGCAAGUUAUCUUUCAAAUCCCUUAUCGGAGAGAAGCAAAUUAAGGAUUAGCAUUUAGAAGUAAUGGCUCCAGGUCUGGAAGAACAGCAAAACCACCAAGGUGGCCACCAAAAUCUUCAACAGAGUCUUGCUAUUUACAAGGAUAUUCUUGAAACAAAGGAGCCUGAACCAACAAAGGAGCAGCAAAACCAAGUUGGUAGACACCAGGAAAUUGGACACAAGAGUCUCUUACAGAGUGAUGCUCUUUACCAGUAUAUACUGGAGACUAGUGUAUAUCCUGGGGAGCCUGAACCAAUGAAAGAGCUCCGAGAAUUGACAGCAAAUCAUCCAUGGAACAUCAUGACUACUUCAGCUGAUGAAGGGCAAUUCUUGAGCAUGCUUCUGAAGCUCAUCAAUGCCAAGAACACUAUGGAAAUUGGUGUUUACACUGGCUACUCACUUCUUGCCACUGCUCUUGCUCUUCCUGAUGAUGGCAAGAUAUUGGCGAUGGACAUCAACCGUGAAAACUACGAAUUGGGUCUACCUGUCAUUGAAAAAGCUGGUGUUGCUCACAAGAUUGACUUCAGAGAAGGCCCUGCUCUUCCAGUUCUUGAUCAAUUGAUCCAAGACGGAAAAUACCAUGGAACGUUUGAUUUUAUCUUUGUGGAUGCUGACAAAGACAAUUACCUCAACUACCACAAGAGAACAAUUGAACUUGUGAAGGUUGGAGGACUUAUCGGCUAUGAUAAUACCCUGUGGAAUGGCUCAGUGGCAGCACCUCCUGAUGCACCACUAAGGAAAUAUGUCAGGUUCUACCUUGAUUAUGUUUUGGAGUUCAACAAGGCCAUUGCUGCUGAUCCAAGGGUCGAGAUUUGCCAGCUCCCUGUUGGUGAUGGAAUUACUCUGUGCCGCCGCAUUAGCUGAUCAUUACAAUGGAGUUGUCAGUUGUACAAUGCUGCUCUUGUAUGAGUUAUGCAAUACAAAAAUGCAGCCACGUAUAAGGGUUCUAGGGUUAGUGACCCAAUGGUUGAAUACUUAUUUCCUAGCACAGAAAGUUAAAGGUCGCACAGUUCCAAGUGAUGUGUUCUCGAAUGUUAAUUAAUAUCUAAAUAAUGUAUCAAAACUUAAAAAAAAAUACAUGAAUACAAUGUUUCAUGUUUCUUUUUC